AUGACAUCAAAAACUAAAGAGAACUUUAAUGCCGAUGAAUUGGUGGCACCUUUGUGGUUGAACACCCAAUUUCUCGAGCAAGUGUUGAUUGAGCAUGGAAAGACUCCAGACCUCAGAGUUGUCGAUGUUAAGAUAUCCCCGGCAAGUGCCAAGGGCGAUCACUAUGCGAGCAUUAUGUUUCGGGCAAAUGUCUCGUAUACCACAAAGGCGGGAGAUCACUCCAAGUCGCUUAUCAUCAAGACAAUGCCCGACCACGAGGGGCACAAGAAAGAUAUGGUCGGUAGCUCGAACAUCUUUGUCACCGAGAUCGGCAUGUAUACCAAGGCAUUGCCCAAGUUCGAGGAAAUGCUUCGGGAAGUCGGCGAUAAUACAAAGCUGUUUGUUCCCUGCAUCUAUCACAGCUUGGAGCCGCGCCAGGUUAUGAUCUUUGAAGAUUUGGUGCCGCAGGGCUAUACGGUCGUUCGAAGUCGUGAUCCAACCGUCCCUGAGCUGAGGAUCGCAUUUCAGAAGCUAGCCAAAUGGCACGCAUGCAGCUUCAAAGUGCUGAACGAGCAACCGGAUUUUCUGCAAGAAUUCAAGUACGGUCUGUUUAGCAUGCAUUCCGUUUUGAAAGAUGCUUAUUUUAACUCUGGCAUGGGCACAUUCAUUGGAUUGCUUGAGGAAGUUCCCGAACUCAGAAAGUAUGUUCCCUAUUUCAGUAAGAUAAAAGCUGAUUAUGUGCAGCAAAUGCGAGCGAUAAUGCAGGAGUAUUACGAAAGCCGGAAGCCCAAUGGGUUCUACGUGCUCGGCCAUUGCGACUUUCAUGCUCGCAAUAUGAUGUUCAAGCACAACAAAGAUGGCGGCGUGGAGGAUGUUAUGCUACUGGACUUCCAAAUUAGUAACAUCUGCCCCGUAACCACUGACAUUAUAUAUUCUGUCUAUAUGCUGAUGGGCCCCGAAGAGCGACACAAUAACUACAAAGAACUGCUCGACUAUUAUUUCUCCGAGUUUCUCGUAACACUGCAGAAAAUUGGCUAUAAAGGCGAAUUUCCCAGUUUGAUGGAGUUUUGGAAACUAAUCUCCCAGCACAAGAUCUAUGAUUUCUUUCUGAUAUCAACUUUCUUGCCUAUGAUGGGUUGUCUUCAGCUAAAGGACUUCGAUCCCGCUGAACUGAUGCAAAGCGAAGACGCCCGCAAGCCCUUGUACCGCUUAGAAAGCUACAUCAAAGAUAUUGAGUUUCUAUUGGCCAGAUAUGAGGAGCAGGGUUACUUUGAGUAAAGGCUAUGAU